GUAAGGGAAAACACUUUAUAUGAUACUGAACUUUCCUAUACCCGUGAACUCACCAGCUGCUCUCCACACGCCUUGCUUGCUUUCGCGGAAGUGUUAGGACAAAUAGGAUCAACAGCGUUAAAAUGAUGGAGACAGAAGUUUUAAAGAUCAUCCUGGCCAGUCAAGGAGCUGUCGACACCGAUUAUUUGAUGUCUAACAUCGGCUACGGCGAUUCCACGAAUGCGAUCAUCACUAACCGAGAGAAAUUUGCUUUGUGUUCUCCUUUUGGCCAGCCUAAGGUGGUGGCUCGGACCAGCCUGAAACUGUGCAGAGUCAGAGGCUGUACUGGAUCAUGUAAGGGGCUGCACCUGUGUAAAAACUUCCUCUUCAGCGGAUCUUGUCAAUUCCUGUCAAGGAGAGGGUGCAGCUCCUCUCAUGAGCUGAACUCUGAUUACAAUCAGAUGAUACUGAAGGAGCAUGAGCUGGAGAGUCUGAGCAGGGCGGAGCUGUGUACACUGCUGCUGCAGAGCGACAACUUGCUCCUGCCUGCUAUAUGUCAUGAUUACAACAAUGGUCCCGGAGAGUACGGAAUAUGUCAGCGUGGUGAUGGCUGCGAGAGACUGCAUAUCUGUGAGAGGUACCUGAACCGAGACUGCAAUUGCCACAAGAUUCAUGAUUUCAGCGCUCCACAGCCAUUACAAAUCCUGCGGAGUAAAGGUGUUCCAGACAGCCUUAUUCCCAGCUUGAAGUCUACUUAUGCAAACAAAGGGGCCAUAAGGUAUGCUGACAGAAAAAGGGAUGAGAGCAACAAGGGUAACCGUCAAAGACCGCAACUUAACUCUACAGGUAGUGGCUUCUCUGCGGCUACAAACUACCCUGGUGUGGUUCCCAGCUAUGAUCUGCAUGUACAACCUCACGAUUGGCACAGAGGGAGAUGGAGAGGGAGAGGGAGAGUAGGUUUCCGGGGAAAUAGAGGCAUCAGGGGCCAUUGGAGCGUCAGCGGGAACCAGGACUACUAUCCAGCGCAGCCGAUGUACCUAUACCAUUGGUGACUCCCUCGCUGACAGUGAUACAUUAGAUUUGUCCGCUGAUGGUGGAUCAACAGAAACUAACUUAGAACCGCAGAGAGCAAAUGACACCGAUGCAAGACUAACAUAAAUGCAAUCAAACUUCCAACAGCUGACAGAGGGAGAGGUGGCAACCGCAGCAACUGGAGCAGCCGGCAAGAGCUGCAACUCGUUCAACAAGUGACAUCAGAGAAAAUAUUUAAAAAAAUGGAAAGCAAAGACUGUUUUAAUUUCAUUUAAACUGUAAAAUACACACAGUAGCAGUGCUAUGUGUCUCUGUCUGUCACCUAAUAACAGACAUCUGCACAUGGCGAUCAACCUGCAUUCUCUUUAUUCUGUGAACUGUGUUCUGCUAAAAACAAUACAGACCAUCUCGACGGCACAAAGCUGACAUUCUUCUGAUUUUAUUAACACGGAUAUCAACAAUAGGCACACUCUAUUUGCAGUGGAUGAUAAGCUGACAACAACUCUUCAGCAGAUACAGAAAUGAAAAACAUUUGCCCUGUUUUUUAUUUUUAAAUCGAAAAUUUUAGAUUAAUCAUUAGCAGUGCCCAAUCAGCAAUAAGACCUCAGCAUCUUGAUGGUUUUUAACUUAACACUUUCUUAAGUUGUAGUUGCCAUCUUGACUAUUUUCAAACAGGCUUCCGACUGUUUUAGUACUGGAGACCUCCUAUUUUUAAUAAUUUCAAGCCGUGAUAUACCAAACACAGAGAAAUAAGGUUAGAAAGACAGAUGUUUAUUUCUCCUUCAUUUAGUGAAUUGGUAUACUAAUGAGUGUUUGUGUGUUUGUCUAUUUUGAUUUACUACAUUGUAGGAAUAUAUGAUAACUUAUUUCCAAGAUGUUUUUGGGGUCAAAAUGCUCCAGCAACACUUGUCGUAAGAAGAUCAACUUUCUUAACAAUUUAGACCAACGCGUUUCGGCUCGUGGCCUUCAUCAGGGUCACCCGAUUGACCCAAAAAGAUGUUUUUUGAAAAAGAUGAUAUUUAAACUUUGAGAAGACAAGAAGGGGGUCAGUAAACGCCCCCUCCCCUCCCCAGUAGUCUCAAAGGAAAGUGUAUUCUUGAAACACAAAAGAAACGGAGAACAUGUACAAGCUAUGUGGCAUGCAGCGGUGGAAAUGCUGACAACUAUGGGCCACAGGAACCAUUUAGUUCCUUGAAGAGAAGUCCCUGAACCUUUUAGUUCUGGGGACCUUUGGUUAAAACGGGGCUUUUAACUGGACUUCUGAAAAUGACGAUGAAACAGCUACAGCUCAUUCAAAACACACCAACUAGAAUUCUGACCAGGACCAAAUAAAUGGAGCACAUUACUCUCGUUUUAAAAUCUCUGCACUGCCUCCCAGUUAAUUCUUUUUCAGUGUUUUUACUAGUUCACAUCUUACUGAACAGUAUAGACUCAGAAUACAUACAUCUGACAUAACAGGAACCUUAGACCUGUGGACCCUGGUCCCCUUGUUCAGUCCAGAGUCCUGACUAAACAUGGUUGAGAAGCUUUGAGUCACUAAAACAAAGUGCAAUCAGAGAUUUUACGUGGUCCAAAGAUUAACAUUUUUAAAAGAAGGUUAAAAAUUAUUUACUUUUUUCCUUUUCUUUGAAUGAGCUUUACACUUUUAUUUUUCAUGUUUUCAUUUGCUCUAAUUGCAUUUCACAUAAAUAUUACAUUAUUUCAUUACUUUGAAUUGUUUUAAUGGCACUUUUAACAAUGAUGUUAUGAUUUUAUGUACUCUGCAUUAUAUCUUCAUUUGAACAUUUUAGCCUUGUAUUUGUUUCUUAUGUCUUCCCUGUGUGAAGCACAUUGAGUUGCCUCUGCAUGAAGUGUGCAAUAUAAAUGAAGGUGCCUUAUAAAUAAGUAUUAAAUAUGAAGCCA